AUGGCCAAUGGGCUCGUGGAAAGGUUCCACCGACAACUCAAGUCAGCCAUCCGCGCCUAUCCUGCUGGAGAGUCCUGGACGGAUAGUCUUCCAUUAGCCCUCCUCGGCAUCCGUACCGCCAUCAAGAAGGAUAUGGGUUGCACUGUUUCCGAGAUGGUGUACGGCACAUCCUUCCGCCUUCCCAGCGAUUUCUUUCCGUCAUCCCCCUAUCCGCCCCCUGACUAUACCACGUACGUCAACCGCCUCCGUUCCGCCAUGCAUUCUCUCCACCCUCCGCCGUCACGCAACUCGCAGCCGCGGUCAAUCUACGUGCCGGCAGCACUGGCUACCGCCUCGCACGUCUUCAUCCGCAAAGACUCCGUGCGGGGUCCCUUCCAGCCUCCCCAUGAAGGCCAAUACCCCGUGCUUGCUCGCUCGGAACACCACAUCACCGUCCAACUCCCUCGACGACAGGACGUCGUCGCGAAGGCAAGACUGAAGCCCGCCUUUCUACACCAAACCGAAACCCCCCUUCCUGUGCCUCCAUCUGGGCCCCCUCUGCUACCGCUGAAACGCCCCCGCAGGGUUCACUGGGCGCUGCCGCUUCUCCGGGUGGAGGGCUCCUGUGGCGCCGCCGAAAACAAUCGCUCCAUCCGUACCACCCGCGCUUGUUCUCACGCCUUUUCCGGUGCGUGCACCACUUCGAUUACUCUCCGGCUCCGGUGA